UCACAUGAUUAGAAUGUUUAUAUACCCUCUGCGGCGAACGGUACGUGUUUAAUUUACACUCCUAGACUAAAUUGGUGUAAAGGGGAAAAUGGGCUUUUCUUGGAAAGCAAUAGUGCUGUUUCUCGCUGUGUUUUUAAUGGUGGCGAAUGCUACCCUUGUCGGUGGGCCGAUGGAUGCGAAUUUGAACGAGCCGGGAGUGAAAGAUGCCCUUCAGAUGGCUGUCUCCGAGCACAACAAGCGCAGCAACGACGCCUAUCUCAGAGACGUUUCAAGCGUAAUCAAGGUCCAGAAACAGGUGGUCAGUGGCAUUAAGUACAUUUUCAAAGUGAACAUGGGCCGAACCGCUUGCAGGAAAGACGGUGCUGAGUCGUCGUGUGCAGUACAUAUGGACGUAGACCAGGCAAAGGCCUACGUUUGCACUUUUGAGGUGUGGAGCCAGCCCUGGCUAGGAAGCAUCAAGAUGGUGAAGGAUGACUGCAAGCAAUGAGCUGACUGCUGCCUGGAUCUGCUUUGCCUCAGUUAACCCUCUCUGUACCUGCAGUUAACACGUGCAAUUUUUAGUAUUUUAUCCUUGCACUUUGCUUUUUUCUGGCAUGAUGAUGUAUAUUGGAUUUUUUUAGGCAGGCUUCCUUUUUAGGAAUUAAAAAAAAAAAUGUAACAGUCAUAGGACUAAUUGAUGUUUCAAGCUAUGCAAUCAUUACAUUUAAUAAAUGAUUCUUAAAACAUCA